AAAAUAAUAAAAUUAAUUUAUAAGUCGACCGGCAUUCGAGAUUGGGCGCAUCGAAAGAAACAAUGAAAGUUUAAACUUGUGAUUGUGUAAGGGAAGUUGAAUUGGGAGAGGGUUACAAUAGUUUACAAUAAUGGAUAAUUGUAUUUUAUAACAUUAAAUUUCGUCGUAAUAGAACUGUGAUGUGUUGAUUCGUUUGCACCGAAAUGACUAUCGACAGGUUGCAUGUUACUUGCGAAAAGUAACGGUAUACUUCUGGAGCUUUCACGUCGAACGCCAUCUAAUUUGUGAGUCUGGAUUCACGUUUUACAGGAAAGGCUCGUCAUUGCGUGUAGAGACGAGUAUUAUUUCGAGUUCACAUUAUGGGGUUCGAUGUGAACCGAUUUCAGGGCGAAGUUGACGAAGAACUUGUUUGCCCGAUAUGUUCCGGAGUUCUAGAGGAUCCUGUCCAGGUGAGCAAUAUGUUACAGGCACCUGUAUGUGAACAUGCCUUUUGUCGUACGUGCAUUAAUGAAUGGAUAAACAGACAACCUACCUGUCCCUUGGAUCGUACACCAAUCACAUCUGCUCAGCUCAGAGCAGUUCCAAGAAUUCUUCGAAAUUUGUUGGCUCGUCUGUGCAUUAGUUGUGAUAAUAUUAUGUAUGGAUGUCAAGUAGUAGUCAAGCUUGACAGUUUAGUGUCACAUUUGGAGCAAUGUGAAUAUAACCCUAAGAGACCGAUGCUUUGUGAACAAGGAUGCAGUCUUAUCAUUCCCAAGAAUGAACUAAAAGAUCAUAAUUGUGUAAGAGAACUUAGAAACAUCAUACAUUCUCAACAACAAAAGCUAGCUGACAUGAAGCGUGAAUUAGGUGAACAGCAGCUCCAAAUAAAUGAGCAUAAAAGGGAAAUACAUCUUCUAAAAGAUUUUAUGAGAGCUUUGAGAGUUUCAAAUCCUGCAAUGCGAGCUAUUGCUGAUCAAAUGGAAAGGGAUGAAGUUGUAAGAUGGUCUGCUACUCUUCCCAGAGCAAGGGUGACUAGAUGGGGAGGAAUGAUUUCCACACCUGAUGAAUUGUUACAGACAAUGAUAAAGAGAACUUUGUCAGAAUAUAAUUGUCCACCACACGUGAUCGAUGAACUAAUGGAGAAUUGUCAUGAAAGAAAGUGGCCUCCAGGCUUAAAUUCUCUUGAAACAAGACAGAAUUCUAGACGCCAGUAUGACAAUUAUGUUUGCAAAAGAGUUCCAGGAAAGCAAGCAGUGUUAGUUCUUUAUUGCGAUAAUACACACAUGCCAGAAGAUAUGAUGGUUGAACCUGGAUUAGUGAUGAUUUUUGCACAUGGCAUAGAAUAAAAUUUUAUACCAAUGUUCUAUGCAUGCCAAGAUAUUUUAAAAUUCAUUUAUUCUGUUGUUUGUUAUAUUCACCAUGAUUAAUAUUCAAGGUGUAUGGAAUAUCUUUGUACUUAUGUGCAGAUACUAGGAUAUUCGCAUAACGUAUCUUGCAAUUACUAAUGCAGGAUAUUUUUUCAAAAGUAUUGAAAUGAACAAACGACAUGCCUUUUGUGAUAAACAAUUGUACAGACACAAUUGCCACAAACAAAAAUCUAAUUGAAUGUCUGGAUCUUUACACUGUGAUAUACUAUUUCAUUGAGAAAGUUCCUGAAAUUGCGUGAUAAAUAGUAACCAGGUUUUAGUUGGCUUGAAUAAUUCUUUGUACCUUCCUUUCUAUGAAUCUGAGUUUCUCUUCAUGAGAUUUGAUAAACCAACUAUUUGUCAACUAUUUCAGGAAAGUUUUUACAUAUAUAGAAGUCUGUAAGUGUUUUAUUAUAAUGCUUUAGACAAGUAAGAAACAAAAAACAUAGAAAUUAUCAAUAUGGUAAUUACUACUAUUAAGGUUUAAAUGUGUUUUGGAGGAUGAGUAUCAGAUGUUAGAGAAAAGAAUGAUUACCUUUUGUCUCAACGUUAUUUAUAUGAUUUUAAUAAAAACUUUUAAAAAUGCAUCCAAUGAAAUAAUCAUGCUAUGCAACGAUCAUUUACACAAAUUAAAUCUUCUAAGCAAGCACAGCUGUAAAUAUUUAUAAUUUACAAGAUUUAUAAGAAUGCUACGUGCAUAUUUCACCUUCAAAUGAAUAAUUUUAAAAUAACGGUUCGAAUUCUGUCCAGGUAGUAAUUUAUAAUGCGUAUGACUAAAUUAAAUGACGUAAAAUUUCUUCAGUAUCCUUUCCGAAACUGAUUUUUUGAGAUAUAUGAUUUAAGAAAAGUACCAAUGAUUAGCGUAUGAAAAGUAUUUGACCCGUGAAGUGUCUUUAAACAAGCAUACAAUAAGGUACUAAUUUUUGUCUUUGCACAAAUACGAAAUAUGUUAGCUUCUUAAAACACCCUAUGUAUCGUUACGUGUAAAAUGUUUCAUAAUAUUUUACAUUUAAGCUUUUUAUUUCACUACAUUGGUGCAUCAAGAAAUGUUACAUAUUUUUCUUUAGACCUUUAACAUAUUAAUCAUGAGUUACUAUUGAUUUACUCGCCUCUAUAACUCUAUUAUUUUUUUUUUUAUACGGAUUCAUAUGACACAUUUUUCAGUAAUUUAAAAAAUAAACAUUCAAUGUUAAUGCAUUGAGUACUAAGCAAUUAGUAUGCUAUUGAAUAAUUCUUACAAUAAAAGUUCUCAUUUUAUUUUGAAUUGAAAUUUUUUUUACACUGCCUUUAAAUUAAAUCUCGAUUGAUAUGCUUAAUGAAAAAAUUUGUGUAACAUCGAAACAUUCUUAUCAAAUACUAGUAUUAUAGUAUAUGUUCUCAGUACUCAAUGUAUUAAAUGUUGAACAUUGUACUUUUAACUCAAGAUUAAUACGUGUACUCAGAGAUAACAAAUAAUUUUGUAUACAAGUUGAUAGUUGUUAUGAAUACAAUAAAUCUGAUUUUAUGUAUCAUAAA